AAUUUAGUUUGAGUGGUUGGUUAAUUGCGCGAACAAAGGCGAAAAAGGAGUGAAAAAUCCAUUUUAAUGGUUUUUUCCAAUCACUUUUUCCCAAAUUCGUUUCGCCAUUGUUUGCCAAAAAGAUAUAACCACAAAUAAAAUUUUCAGGUGAUUGAAAUUGACAAAUUUCCCAAAAACAAAACGAAUUUGACCUGUUUUCGCAAUACAGUACUAUUACGUCGAAUACGGUGCAUGUAUAUUGUGGUCAUUGAAAAGUGACGUGUAUUUUUGUUCAAAUAAAAAGAAUACGAAGCAAUAUGACCAACAAAAGUGCAUAAAGUGACAUUGUUUCAUAAUAUCGUGUCGGUCAUUUUGUGAAAAGAACACGUUCUGGAGCAAUUUGAAUAGCAGAGAAUAAAAAGAGGACGUAAUUAGUGUAUGUGAUUGAAUAGCACACGGCUACCAAAUAUCAGAGUAUUCGCGUGUGCUGAAAAAACGACAUCUGUCAAACGAAAACAUUUUUAAACCGUCCCGUCCCAUUAAAAGUAAGCUUUAAACACAAUGCGAAGCAGAAGUAAUUCAGGUGUUCGUUUGGACCAAUACCAACGAAUUGUACACAGAUUAAUAAUAGCACAUCAGCAACCUGUGACUGGUUUAUUUCCAGCAUCUCCGAACAAUUCACAUGCAUGGAUUCGUGAUAAUGUCUACUGCAUAUUGGCCGUUUGGGGCUUAUCAAUGGCAUACAAAAAAAUCGCUGAUCAAGAUGAAGACAGAGCUAAAGCAUACGAAUUGGAGCAGAGCUGUGUUAAAUUGAUGAGAGGCCUCUUGAUGGCCAUGAUGCAACAGAAGGAAAAAGUGGAAAAAUUUAAAACAACUCAGAAUCCUCUCGACUCUCUUCAUGCCAAAUAUUCAAGCCGCAAUGGACAAACUGUUGUUAAGGACAAUGAAUGGGGACAUUUGCAAAUCGAUGCGAUUUCAUUGUAUUUGCUCAUAUUGGGACAAAUGACUGCAAGCGGUUUGCAAAUUAUUUUCUCACUGGAUGAAGUGGCUUUCAUUCAAAAUCUUGUAUUCUAUAUUGAAUCAGCAUAUUGCAUUCCGGACUACGGAAUAUGGGAGCGAGGCGAUAAGACAAAUCAUGGAUUACCUGAGUUAAAUGCCAGUUCGAUUGGUAUGGCUAAAGCCGCAUUAGAAGCACUCAAUGAGCUUGAUUUGUUUGGUGCCCGCGGUGGAUCCGCUAGCGUGAUUCAUGUCUUAGCUGAUGAAGCUCACAAGUGCCAAGCUGUAUUGCAAUCAAUGUUACCCAGAGAAUCAAACUCAAAAGAGCUAGAUUCGGGCUUGUUGUCAAUCAUUGGAUUUCCUGCGUUUGCAGUGGAUGAUCCAGAAUUGAUCAUCAGCACAAGAGAAGCGAUAGUCACGAAAUUACAGGGAAAAUACGGAUGCAAACGAUUUCUUCGAGAUGGUUAUCGAACACCAAAAGAGGAUUGUGCUCGACUAUAUUACGAACGAUGGGAAUUGAGAAUGUUUGAAAACAUCGAAUGUGAAUGGCCAUUGUUCUAUUCGUAUCUUAUAUUGUUCCACCUAUUUCAAGGUGAAAAAAUGGCCGUAUCAAGGUAUGCCGAAAAACUUGAAGAGGUUUUAGUGAAAUCCGACGAUGGAAUGUAUUUGAUGCCAGAGAGUUAUGCUGUGCCAGCCGAUGCAGUAACAGCUGAAUACACAAAUCCGGGCUCACAGCCCCGAGUGAUAACCGGUCGCUGUCCAUUUUUAUGGGGUCAAUCACUGUACAUCUUAGGUAAAUUACUUCAAGAGGGUUUUCUUGCCGUCGGAGAGCUCGAUCCAUUGAAUCGACGAUUGGGCGCACAGAAAAAACCAGAUGUUGUCGUUCAAGUCGUUAUAUUGGCAGAAGAUAAUGAGAUACGUGACAAAUUAGCUGAACAUGAUUUACAUGUGCAAACAAUAGCUGAAGUGGCUCCAAUCGAAGUUCAACCGGCUCGUGUACUUAGUCAUCUCUACACUUACUUGGGUCGAAACAAAAAACUUGGUCUGUCUGGCCGAAAGUCGCGUGACGUCGGUAUUUUAAGUACGAGCAAAUUGUAUUCGCUAAAAGAUCGAGUGUUUGCAUUCACGCCGCAGAAUUUCGACUACGAAGAAUACUAUACAACACGCGAUCCAUCGCUUCUUGCUAGCAUUUUCACAACUAAUCUGGCAUUUUUAAGUAAUAAUUGGCGUCAUUGCCUAGGAAGACCAACAAUAACCUUACUCGCCACUACUCACUAUCUACUAGAUCAUGGUCGGGUUCCAUUGGCAAUGGUUCAGACAAUGAAAAAAUUGAAGUCGGGCUACAUCAACGGCACACGAGUAAUGCUCGGACAUCUUGGCGACUUUUUAAACACGUCUGCAAUCACAGAUUUAAGCUUUUUGGGAUCGCAAGAAGAUGGCUAUCCAGAUCGACUUAAUCCCGAUGUACAGGCUUAUUUGAAUGAGCACUUGUUCCGUUCGUUCAGUCACAAAAGUACGGUGAGUGUUCGUCAAACAACAUUGCGGCCGCGUCAAUUAAGACGACGAAUGUCAUGCAAGGGUGCGAUCAAGAAGACUCGAUCGAUCAAUGCCGAUUCAGAGACACUCGGAAUGGAAGGAAAUGUGAUUGAGCGUCGUACAUCGAGCGCCCAAUUGACCCAAUUAUGGUCAGAUGCACGUCAGCAUACUGCUCCAUCAACAUCGACAGCCACAUCACCCACUGCAGUGCCAGCAUACUCGAAUAUAUUCGUAACACCGCCGGAUUAUGAUCAUCGUCCGCAUUUGGAGCGCUCACAUGAGAUGGAUAAACCGGAGAUCGGAGAAAGUAAGCUAUCUCAAAUCAAGGAUAAACACGAUGUUCCUAAAAUACAGCUGGGAGCAGCGGUACGACCAAAUCGUAAUGCUGACACCAAUUUUGCCGACACCGAAGUACAAGAGCUAAUUGCCAUGCUACGUGAAACCGAGAACCUUGAAGAGCAAGGAGAUAUUUUACAGUAUCUCGUAGAUAAUCAAGGUCUCGAUUUCAAUACAGUAGAUAAAAUCAAAACUUUUUCUACAUCUGAAGGAAUGUUAGAAGAUGGAAAAGUGGUGACCGUGCGAAUGCUAUUGAAGGGACUAUAUGAAAAGGCAUGCCAACAGAAGCUUUGGGGACUCGUUCGACAUACGGCAGGUAUGCUUGGAAAACGCGUUGAGGACCUCGCCAAAGCAAUUACCGAUCUUCUCGUCAGACAAAAACAAGUGACUGUAGGAAUGCCACCGAAUAAUGAAUACACCAUAACGGCUCCAUUACCGGAGUCAGAGCUCAGACAACUCAUUCAUGAGGCAUACGGCGAUGAUGAAUCAACAGCGAUGUUAACACAAGAGUUGAUGGUCUAUUUGGCGAUGUUCAUCCGUACAGAACCUCAGCUUUUCAUUGAGAUGCUGCGCUUGCGAGUUGGCCUUAUUAUUCAGGUUAUGGCGAAAGAAUUAGCUCGAACCCUGAACUGUGACGGCGAACAAGCAUCUGAACAUUUGCUCAAUUUAUCACCGUUCGAGAUGAAAAAUCUUCUCUAUCACAUUUUGAGUGGCAAAGAAUUUGCUGUCAGCAGUGUUGCUCGUGGUAAUUUCACGAUUGUAAGUACAACAUCGGGACGUGUUAGUAAGAAAAGCCAAAUCGGUUUAACUCAACCAGAGCCAGAGGAUGAGGCGAAUUGUGAAAUAGACGAUCGUCAAGGACAAUGGUUGAGACGACGACGCUUAGAUGGUGCCUUGAAUCGUGUGCCACGUGACUUCUACUCAAGAGUGUGGACAGUUUUGGAAAGAUGCCAAGGAUUGGCUAUUGAGGGACGUGUUCUACCGCAAAGUUUAACGCAAGAAAUGACACCGGGAGAAUUGAAAUUUGCCUUAGAAGUUGAGACAGCGUUGAACACCAUACCCCAACCGGAAUACCGUCAAUUAGUGGUGGAAGCAUUGAUGGUGCUAACAUUGGUGACCGAACAUAAUAUGGUUUCGAAUUUGGGAGACAUCAUCUGUGUGGAGCAUUUGGUACAUAAAGCCAAUCAAAUUUUCCUUGAAGAACAGCGUAAAAUCAAUGGUGACGCAAUGCUAUGCUGUGCCAAGGAAAAUAAUGAAUCUCUAUCAAAUACAAAUGGUCUUUUGUGCGGUGGAGUUGCCUAUAUAUGCCAACAUUUCUAUGACAGCGCUCCGAGCGGCUCUUACGGAACAAUGGUUUAUAUUGCAAAAGCAGUCGCAUCGGUUCUCAACUGUUUACCCAAACAUGGUGAUGCCGAAUGUACCAUUUCAUAAUUUUAAAAUGCCAAUCAGAGUCAAAUCUAUAUGAAUGAACAAAUUGUAUGUGCAAUCCAUACAAUUAAAACAAACGCAUAGCAAUAAUUCAUAGUUGAAUGCUUUCUCUAGAAAGCUUUAUCCAUUUUUCUUCCAUAUUAACUUAUUGUUAUGUAAAAAAAUUCUAGACAACAAAAAAGUGUUUCAUAUAGUUUCUUUAUUUUGAAUUUGUUUGUUAAUAUAGUGGGAAAGAUAAUUCUAUGACAAAAAAAUACUACAUUUGUUCAAAUUUCAAUGAAUAAAAUUGUGUAUCGAAUA